AUGAUGUUCCAAUCAUUGUCUUCUGGGAUUAAUUUGAUUGUUCGUCGACAUGCCUUAUCGUAUCAUCAUCGAUAUCUGGCUGAUCAUAUAUCUUCUAAAUCAUCAUCAACAACAGACACAAAUGAAUGGCUUUGGGAAUAUUUACGACAUCGUCAAUCAUAUCAAUCAUUAAACGAUGAACAAAAACGUCAAGUUAUUUUAUUAGAAAUACAAACAUUACGUGAAAGCGGAGAACGUGUACCUGAUAGUAUACCCGAUGAAUAUUGGUCAGAAUUAAUAUCGUCUCCUUUAUUAAAUAAUCGUAAAUCAACCUAUAAUUAUCUAUUCGUACGUGAAAUAAGUAAACGAAAACGUGUAGCUGAAAAAGCUGCUCUCCAAGAACGACGUAUGACAUCAGCUACUCGCCAUGCUGACUUAGCAGCUGCUGGUCUACCAGUAACGAACUAUCCCGGUUAUCACUCCAUGUUUCGACAAUUGACUGGCGGUCAAACAGAUCGUUGGAUACGUGAUAAUAAAUUAAUGGUUCAAGCGCGUCUUGGUGAGCAUCUUCUUGUUGAUUGCGGUUUUGAAGUUGAACAUGCUCGUUCAAAAUACGUAUCGAAAUUAGUUGAUCAGAUCGAAUUCUUUUUUGCUAAUAUACAACGAUACCAUUCGCCAUCGUUCGUAACAUUAUGUAAUUUUGCAACUGAUGGGCAAAUUCAAAAAGAAUUCGCUAGACGUCAUAGUCAAAAUCGUGCUGUAUCCUGUUUUGAAACAACUGAAGCAAGCUAUUUAGAUUUAGUCGAUCCACAAAAAUUAAUUUAUUUAUCACCUCAUAGUCAAUAUGAAAUGUCCGAGUAUGAUCAUAAUGCUGUAUAUAUUAUUGGUGCUAUUGUAGACGGUAGUGUUGGUGGACGACCUUUGACACUGGCAAAAGCUAAAAGAGACAAUAUAAAACAUCAAAGAUUACCAUUAGAACGAUAUUUGAAAUUUGGUGGUAAUGCUAGCCGAACAUUAUCAUUGGAUAAAAUUUAUUUUAUUCUAAUGGCUUUGAAGCAUGGUCAAUCUUGGUCUGAAGCAUUUCAAGCUAUUCCGGAUCGAAAAGUUGCGGAACGUUUUAAUCAACCACGUUUAGGUAAAAAUGAAUCGGAACGUUGGGGGAAAUACGCUGGUAUUCGAAAUCGAACCGACCAAUGA